UCUUUUCCUUGUUUUAUAUCAUGUCUCUUAUUUAUGGUUUAGUUGCUCGCGGUUCUACUAUUUUAGCAGAACAUACAACCAGCAGUGGCAAUUAUGGGACUGGUAAGAUGAUGCAUGCAUGUCUAUGAGCUCAUGUUCUUUAUAUAGUGACUCAAGCUAUUCUUGAAAAGAUUCCACCUAAUAACUCCAAAUUGACUUAUGUCUAUGAUAGAUAUUUGUUUCAUUAUAUCUGCGAAGAUGGCAUUACUUAUAUGUGUAUGGCUGAUGAUUCUUUUGGUCGUCGUAUUCCAUUCGUCUUUCUUCAAGACUUGAAAGACAAAUUCUUGACAACGUAUGGUAAAUCAAGAGCCCUUGAUGCUCCCCCUUAUGGUCUGAAUGAAUUCUCGCGUGUGAUUGAAAAGCAAAUGGAAUACUUUUCAACCAAUCCUAAUGCAGACCGUUUAAAGCAAGUACAUGGUGAAAUUGAACAAGUAAAAGAUGUCAUGGUUCAUAACAUUGAACGAGUAUUAGAAAGAGGAGAACGUAUUGAAUUAUUAGUUGACAAGACAGAUAAUUUGAACCAACAAGCCUUUGCUUUCAAGAAGAGAAGUACACAAUUAAAACGUGCCAUGUGGUGGAAGAAUACAAAGAUCAUGGCCAUGAUUUGCUUGGUUUGCUUUUUGAUUGCCUACUUUAUUGCUGCUUCUGUAUGUGGUUUCCCUGCUUUUGGAUCCUGUAGAGCUUAGUCAUAAUAAUAAUAAAUGUUUAUUAUCAU